AUGCGGACCCUGCGCUGGCUGGCGGCCCUGGCAGCUCUGCUGGGGCCGGGGCUGGCCCCGCGGGCCGGGGGGGCGGCAGGCCCGGCUGCGGUUUGCCCACCGCGGAUCCGGCUGAACUGUCUCCUACAGCGGCGUAAGGGCUGCGGCCCCGGGGGGAUCCGGACCUGCGGCCCCUGCAUCCGCCCCUACCGCGAGGACCCCGGUGGGGACUGUGUCCUCGACACACCGCACAGGAAUGGCGACGGAGCCCAGUCGGACACUAGACCCAGCGACCUGGCCACCCUCAUCCGCUCCCUGGUGGCCAACAAACAGAAGGGAUCCAGGACCCCUGGGACCAAGACCCCUGAGCACGCUGGCUCCACGGGGAUUGACCCCCAGGUUCCUUCGGUCACCGAGACCCCCCCUACGUCUCCCCCUCCCCCCACCGCUCCCCCCUCCGCCCUGACGCCCGGCUCCAGCCCCCCCCGGCCGGAGGAAGAUCUGAACUCGGGUCCCCCGACUUCCCGGCUCAAUGAGGCCGUGUCUGUGCUGCUGGUGCUGAUGUGCUCCGUGACCGGGGUCUCGGGGCUGCUGGUGGCUGCCCUCUGCUGGUACAGGUAG